AUGUCGAUCGAUGCAAAGUCAGUACAACCUCUUAAGAACAGACAGCUGCAGGAAGAGAAGAACUUGGAAUCGAUGGCUAGUGGGCGGCUGAAUGGCUUUGUUCCAAUCGCACCGGCAAGGCCAUCCGCUCAUAGAGAAUCGAACAAAAUAGAGUUAAAGAGUGCUCGUUCGAAAGGCAACCACAGUCACGAUGAGCACUCGUUAUCACCUGUUAUGUUAGCUAAAUCAUUAUCACUGUCAGCAAUUCCAGAUAAACCUAUUACUAUUCGUACAAGCAAGAAUUGGGUUCUUCCUCCGAGACCUAAACCUGGUAGAAAACCUUCGCUGUUGAAGAACAAGAAGAAGAAGGAACGAAAACAUACAUCGAAAAAGAAAUCAUCGAAGAAGGAUGUGACUGCAGGGAAGUUAACACGACUACAGGUUGAAAGCACUAUUAAGGCCGAACAGAAACCUCAAGAAAUUAGAUCCAAAGUUAAACGGGAACGACAAGUUGAUCGACCUAAGAUUGCGCAACAAGUUAUGGAGGGGAUUGGGGCAAAGAAGGAGCAUAAGAACAACACUUUUUCUACAAAACUUAACAAGCUCAGUGCUAAGAAACCUGUUAGAUCGCUUAGUGUUCCUUCUAAGACAAAUAUUGAUGUAAAGUGUGUUAAAUUUGCGCGGAACAACGAACCGUACAUCGAGGUAGAUUCCUCUCUGGUUGAGAAUCCGAUAAAAAGACAAAUAUUGAAGGUGAACGAGGAAAACUAUUAUUUGAAGUUAGAAGUGGUGAAAUUAAUGACUCAGCUGAAGAGAUUGCAGUCGGAUGUAGAGGUUAAUACACCAUAUAAUACUGCUGCUCAACACACUACAUGCGGUAAUAUUGAAAGCGUUGAGGUCAAGAGGGCCACGUCUCUACCAUUGGUUCCCGAACGAGUUGAGAUACAGCAAAAUCAUACAGUGGUCAAACCAUUAAUCCCUCGGAGAAGGUCACCUUCAGCUAACAGAAAUGCAUGCAAAGCUAGGAUGCGCAGACAAACAAUUUCGGGUGCCUCGCCAAUUAAACGUGGAGUGAAGAGAGCACAUGUGAAUGAUAUAAAUGAUUUGAUUGUUUCUCUAGUCGAUUUAAAUGGAGUUGAUCAAGAUUUAACAUCUUCGCCGACGGCAGAAGCUGUGGAUCUCGAUAGAUUAGAUUCCAUGGAGACGAAGGUUCCAUUUAUGACCAAAGGGGGCAACGAAAGUAUUGGUAUGGACACUGCAGUUCCUCAGCUUCUUUCAGGGAAUGCGCCCCAAUCAAUGGAUCAGUUUCUUAAUCUUGGUAGUAAAGGGUGGGAUACGACAUCAAUACAACAUAGAGCCAUGCACCAAGGAUCUCCAACAGCUUUGAGUGAAGAGGACGAUCUUACAUCGACAGUUUCUACGACUCCUAGUACAAUGCUGACAUCCGUUAAGACCACGGACACAAUGGAUUCACUAAGCGGCACCACACUUGUUUCAACAAAUAGUCACGAAUUCAAACUGCUAGAUAUUCCUGAAAUAUAUUCUGUCGAGGGGUCUAAGGGGGAAAAGGAUGAGCCUUCAAUAUUUGACGAUCCUAAUUCUUUAGUGGACGAUUCUAUAUUCCAAAAUGCUGAGUGGAGCAGGAAAAAAAGUCAGUCUUCGGUUUCUAAAUAUGGAGACACUAUAGACGAGAUAGAACAACGUGCUUUACUAGAAAAGCGUGAUACUAGAAUGAAUAACGAUAAUCAUUACGAAUUUAAUGGGUUGAAUGAUGUGGAGAUGGAAUUUGAGAACUUUGUUAACGGAAAUGAUAUAUAG